UGGAGGCGAGGCCGGCGGAGCGCGCAGACGCAGCGCGGCGGGAGCAUUGCUGAGCGCAGGCGGCUGAGUGCGGUGCUCUCGGAGGCCAUGGGGCGCGUCGCCGGGGAGCGGUUCCCGUCGUUGUUGGGGUUGUGGCUGCUGCUGUGCAGCUGGGGGUGCCCUGGGAACGCCGAACUGCGGGCCCCACCGGAUAAGAUCGCCAUCAUCGGAGGAGGAAUCGGUGGCACUUCAGCAGCCUAUUACCUGCGGCAGAAAUUUGGGAAAGAUGUGAAGAUUGACGUGUUCGAGAGAGGAGAGGUGGGGGGCCGUCUGGCCACCCUGAAUGUGCAGGACCAAGAAUACGAGGCGGGGGGUUCUGUCAUCCAUCCUUUAAAUCUACACAUGAAGCGUUUCGUCAAAGACCUGGGUCUCUCUACUGUCCAGGUGUCUAGUGGCCUGGUGGGAGUGUACGAUGGAGAGGCUCUGGUUUUUGAGGAGAGCAGCUGGUUUAUUAUUAACAUGAUUAAACUCAUUUGGCGCUAUGGAUUUCAGUCCCUCCGAAUGCACAUGUGGGUGGAAGACUUACUGGACAAGUUCAUGAGGAUCUACCGCUACCAAUCUCAUGACUAUGCCUUCAGUAGUGUAGAAAAAUUACUGCAUGCCUUAGGAGGGGAUGACUUCGUUGGAUCGCUUAACCGAACCCUUCUCGAAACCUUGCAGAAAGCAGGCUUCUCUGAGAAGUUUCUCCAUGAGCUGGUUGCUCCUGUCAUGAGGACCAAUUACGGCCAAAACUUGGACAUCAACACCUUUGUGGGGGCGGUAUCAAUGGCUUGUACUGAUUCUGGCCUUUGGGCAGUAGAAGGCGGCAACAAACUCGUUUGCUCAGGGCUCCUCCGGGCUUCCAAAAGCAACCUUAUUUCUGGUUCAGUAAUGUCCAUAGAGGAGAAAACAAGAACAAAGCAGACAGGAAAUCCCACAAAGAUGUAUGAAGUGGUCUACCAAACUGGAUCUGAAACCCAUUCCGACUUCUAUGACAUCAUCUUGGUCGCUACUCCACUGAAUAGAAAUAUGGCCAAUAUAACUUUUCUCAACUUUGAUCCUCCAAUUGAAGAAUUCCAUCAAUACUAUCAACCGAUAGUGACAACUUUAGUUAAAGGGGAAUUGAAUUCAACUUUCUUUAGCUCUAGAGCCAAAGAUAAGUUUGGCCUUUCUACAGUUUUAACCAUGGAUAAUUUAGAUUUAUUCAUUAACAGUGUUGGGAUUACAUCCUCUGUAAGAAACAAGGAUGAUCCUCAACCAUCAACAGAUGGGACACAUGUUUGGAAGAUCUUUUCCCGAGAGACUCUUACUAAAGCACAGAUUUUAAAGCUCUUUUUGUCCUAUGAUUAUGCUGUGAAGAAGUCGUGGCUUGCGUGUCCUCAGUACAAGCCCCCGGAGAAGUGCCCCUCCAUCAUCCUCCAUGACAGACUUUAUUACCUCAAUGGCAUCGAGUGGGCAGCCAGUGCCAUGGAGAUGAGUGCCAUUGCAGCCCACAACGCCGCCCUCCUUGCCUAUCACCGCUGGAAUGGGCGCACAGACAUGAUCGACCAGGAUGGCCUCUACGAGAAACUGAAAACAGAGCUAUGAAGCAGUACUUUCUCCUUCCCAGUUCCAGUGCUUGUCGCUGGCAAGAGCGAGCAGUCUGAGCAGAGAUGAUGUGGAAUCAGAUAUUUUGCCAUUAACAAAAGUAAUCCCUGUGACUCCUGAGAAAAUUGAAGGUUUUAAUUAAGUUUGAAGAUAAAAUUAUUGCACUUCUGCCAUCUCCCAAUUUUUUUUUCUUUCACUCUUAGCAGUAUUUACUACAUUUGUCUGCUUGGAAGAAUCACCAGUAAUUUGUUAAACACACAGACGCUCAAGCUCCCUAGGCAUUCUGGUUCAGCACAUCUGGGAGUGGGGACCUGGAUUUUGAUCAAAACCAUGAAGAGUAUUUUAAGCUGAGCACUUGAAGAACUUAAAGACAUCUUGGGGACUCAUUCAUUGGGCUUCACAGUUGGAUGUGAUCUUCAGUCAGCUAAAACUGUUAAGAACUGGCAUCUUAAACCUGGCUUGUAGUAAUUUUUUGUGCCCAUGCCUAAAGCUGACUUUCAGAAAGCUGUCUGUCUUUUGAUUGUGAGCUGAAAUUCAGAAGUCUCAGUAACGUAACCUUAAGAUGUCAUAGAAUACUGAUAGACACAACCACAGGUUUUGAUUUACUGGAUUGAGGAUAGGCCCUGAGUGUUUUCAUGUUCCUAACAUAGCUGGGGUUGAGAGAAAGUACGUGGGGGUUAAAUGUCUAAAAAGGGGUUUUAGUGCCUUAUAAGUCCUAAGAAACUCAAUCCAUGAUCAAAGCAGAUUCAUUUCACAAGGAGUGACUUCCCUUCAGUAGGAGUAAUCUUGAUAGUAAGGAACCGAUCCAGAGGCGAUUUAAGUAACUACAGAAUAGUUGUCAUUAGAGCAGGAUAUUCAGAACAACAUCAGACUUGGCCAGAUGCAGGAUAUGGUCAAAGUUGAAAUGCCCCAAAUAAAUUAGAGUGUUCAGGGUGGGCAGUUGGUUGCUGAGAUCUAAAGGCAGUGGCCCUGACCUUGGGUGCCCAUUGGAAUCACUGAUAGGGCUUUCAAGUUUCCCAAAUGAUUCUAAUAUGCAAACUUGAGAACCACUUCUACAUAUACUGCACAAAGAUUAUGAGGGACUUUCACAGCCAAUGGCUGAAGAGAACAAGUAAAAGCUAGUGUGUUCUAAAAAUAACUGCAACCAAGUUCAUGCAUACUAUUAUUUUAAAAAGUCCUUUAUCAGGGUGUGGCAGUACCAAUGUUAACAAAAUAGUGUAAGAGAACAAUGGUUCUUAAUAAAAAUUUUCUUCCUUACUGCAGUUGUGAAUAUUAAUAUGCUGAUAAAACUGCCAAGAUUUAUUUGAUAGAGGUGGAGAUUAAACUCAUGGUUUGUCAAAAGAUCAGCUUUUUUCUAAUUUUAUUCUUAAAUAUAUUAAGAAGCAUUUCUAUUUUUUGCUUUUGUGGUUUUAAUGGGAACAAUUUGUAGAGCAUUUAAUACUGUAUUAUGUAUAUGAUACAAUAGUCCCCCUCUAUCCAAUGAGGACAGAAAUUGUAUAUAUAGUUUUCUCUAUAUAUACACACCUAAGAUAAUUAUAAUUAAUUAUAAUUAAGAUUAUUAAUUAUAAUUAAUUUAUAAUUUAGGCACACACAUAAGCAAAUAAGAAUAAUGUAAGUUAUUUAAAACUUAGGAUUUAUUUCCAGAUUUUUCCAUGUAAUCUCUUCUUAUGCUGUCAACUGCAGGUAACCGGAGAACAAAACCACAAAUAGAGGGGAACUACUGUCAGUAAUGGUAAAUACUAAUUAAAUAAUUUCUAUCAUUUGUAGACUUGUCUUAUAGUGGGAUAUAUUUUUACUUAUGAGAAUACCAACUUAGAAUGUUACUGGCAUUCUAUUAACCUACUCCGAUUAAAUGUUCCAAUAAGGUGUUUGAUGUUGCUGUCUCAAAACCAAAACAGGUGGUCAAUAUAUUAGGCAUAUUAGGUAGUAUUAUUGCAACUAUAGUAUUAAAAAGAAUACUUUUCUACUAAGAAAAAUACUAUUGAGCCUGCUAUGCUAGGCUUUUUAGGUAAAUUCACAUAACUGCAGUAUUAAGUUAAUUUUAUUGGAAGAAAAACUUAUUAGAGCUUGCUCCUCUGGACUGUACCUUAUAGGAUACUGGUAAAAUGAUGCGGAGGCUGAAAGCCAACUCGACUCCAGUUGUUUUCUGAGUAAGCAUCAGAGACAGCUGGAGGGCUUAUUGAAACAUUGCUGGGCCCAUCCCCAGAACUUGUUCAUUCAUUAGGUUACAAAAAUUUGCAUUUCUUUUAAGUUCCCAGGUGAUGCUAUAAUUCUACAAAUCACACUUGGAGAACCAGUUGUAGGAUUCAGCUCUAUCUAUCUAUAUGAUUGCAAAAAAACAAUCAGUAUCAGUGAAUAGUUAAAAGCACUCAAGAUGGAAGAAUAAAAUGUGUAUUGGAUUUCACACCAACUCUCCUUACUGUGACUUCUGAUGCCUCUGUUUUGUUGUAAACAUUUUCUGUCGACAGGAAAUAUUUCACAUUUAUACCCUUUCACUGUGUUCUGUGUAACCUACUGUACCCACUCACUUGUGUAUGCUUUAUUAGUUUUAAAGUGAUUUUGGAUUUGCAGGCUUUUUACCAAAUCACCGAAGUAUAGGCCUUAUUUGCUUGGCAGGUUUAAGAUUAGGCUUGUAAUAUAACCAUCUGUAUAUAUAUCAUUUGACCUUGUGGGCCAUGAAAUGAGACUCAUGAACUACUUGAAUAUAUUGUGGACUGCAUUCCCACUACCCUUCUUUACUCACGAAGAACCACAAUACACUGGAAUGUUUUUCUCUGGAAUCCUAUUUCUUCUCUUUUAUUCAACUCUCCUUUCCCCACUUAAUGAUUAUGUUCAAAAUAAAUGACAACAUUACUUCCUGUGUUUUACGUUUGUUUUACUAUCCUUGGAAUAUAGAGGUACAGGUUGAGCAUCCCUAAUCCAAAGUCUGAAAUGUUCCAAAAUGGAAAUUAGUCUAAUGCCAGAAGGGGAAUAUGCUACACCUAACCUGUAUCUGGUCACAGUCAAAAUGCAGGUGCACUAAAAUACUGUAUAGGAUUACCUUCAAGCUAUUGUGCAUAAGAAAUAAAAAAUGAAUUUUGCGUUA